CAGCGCAGACCACCAGGCGCAGCAGUGAAGCGCGUCUCUCUCUCUGCUGACUCAGUGCCUUAACAGCAGUCGCUUCUCCCGGUGAUCCAGCAUCCAGGCGCACAUUUCUCUGACCGGCCCAUCCCAGCUAUACCCUUCAGACAUGGCUAAAACCGCAGUCGCUUACAAAGAGAAGAUGAAGGAGAUUUCCGUCCUCUCGCUCAUAUGCUCCUGUCUGUACCCUGAGAGCCGAAAAAACAUUUUGGGGGACUUUGAAGAUAUGGAUAUCAAGCCAAUCAACAAACGGGCAUCAGGUCAAGCAUUUGAGGUCAUCCUUAAGCCACCCUCUCCUACAUCCGAUGUGGCUCACUGCAUCACCAGCCCCCCAAAGAGGGACAUCUCCCUGGAGGACAUCCAGAAGAAGCUGGAGGCGGCCGAGGACAGGAGGAGAUCCCAGGAGGCGCAGAUCCUGCGGAUCCUUGCCGAGAAACGUGAACACGAGCGCGAAGUGCUGCUGAAGGCCAUGGAGGAGAACAGCAACUUCAGCCGCAUGGCUGAGGAGAAGCUGCAGGUGAAGAUGGAACAGAUCGAGGAGAACCGGCAGGCCUACCUGGCGGCCAUCAUGGAGCGCCUGCAGGAGAAGGAGAGGCAUGCUCAGGAAGUGCGCAGAAACAAGGAGCUGAGAGAAGAGUUGAUGCCGUGAGAGGCCCUCAACUGCCUCUACGACCCCCCCGCCCCCACCACCUCCAGUCACCACAACCUGUCCGAGGAACACCUCCCUCCCCACCUCGCCCUACAUGUCCACACCUAUCCACCCGUCCCUGCUGACAUCCCCCCACCCCUCCCCCUGUAUUGCUACGAAACGCCCCCCUGGGAUAGAGGGAGGUUCAAAUAAAGUUGGGGGUGGAAAGGAUUGCAAAAAAAUUUGAAAAAAAGGGGGAAAACUAUCAUCUCCCGUCCUUAAAUAAAAAAGAAUGUUUUUGCUCAAACGUGAAGAAAAAAAAUCCAAUUGACGCCUGACAAUGUUUUUUGUAAAUACUUUUUUUUUGUUAUAUACGAUUCAAUACAAGCAGCAAAAGUAUUGAUUGCAGUGUGCCAUUUUUAUAUAGGUUUCCUCUCCCUGCAUACAUAUAUAUAUAUACAUAUAUAUAUGGAUGUGAUGAUCUUUUCAUUUUCCCUUUCCUUCCUCUCAUUUCAGCCUAAGAAUGUUUGUUUUAGGUUUCUCUCGUGUGGUAACAAGCUUAGGUGUUUGUUGUGAGUUUGCCAGCUAGCUGAUGUUUUGCUGUGAACAGGUUGCACCUCCCCACCAUAAAAGCCUGCAUGCACAAGGUGAAAUAGGAGUCCUUUGCAUUCACUUGCAGAAAAGUUGCUAGAAGGAAAGGUGGAAAUAAGGGGUGGGUUCAAUUUUGCAAGCUUGCUUUUUGUGGGGGACUGCAAGCUGUUUCCACACAUCCGCUCCUGUGAAAAUAAGUAGUGACUGUACUGCAGGAGAACACUAUAGCAUUUAAAGAGUCCGCCCUCAUCCUCCUUCCCUUCAUUCCCAUCUCUUUUCACAUAGACCGUAAAAAAUCACUCACAUGCUCUCCACACAGCACAGGAAAAUACCGUUUGACGCGCCAUUGAUCUCUUAAAGCUUCCUCAAUAAAUGGUGUCUUUACAUUGUCAGAAGCCACUGUUACAUUAAGCACCACUGUUAAAGUUAUCGUGCAUCUUUACGACACUGGAGCUCAUCCAUCUCCAACUGUUACCAUCAUACUACGAAAAAAAACUUGCUUGAUCCAUCAUCAACUCCUCUUGGUCUGUUCAUCAUCAAAUCAUUAAACCUUCCCCUUGAAACACAGUAAAUAGUGGCACAAUGAAGAUAUUUAAGCCAUAAGAGGCAUAACUGCAACAGUGAUCCAUGGAACACAGUAUUUCUAGGAGUAAACGUAAAUAUAAGAUGCAAGGAACGGUGCUGUACUGGGAUGGUCACACACGCACAGUUGGCCCGUGGAAGUGUGUGAGUGGGUGUGUGAGUGUACUGCACUAAGACUGGAUAGUUAGCGUGUUGAUCUGUUUAGAAAUAAAAACAAACAACAAUACAGCGUGUAAUGGUUGUCAGAAAGCUAGAAUCAGACAGUUAGUUUCCUUCUUGACUCUUUCUCUCCUCCGUCCAUUUGUGUGUUUCCUCUUCUUCCACGUAUAUCUUUGUGAGCAAGCAGUGGUUAAUAAAGAUUUGGGGUUCAGUGAAUAAAA